ACUCAAAAGAGUCAUUCUCUCUCUCUCUCUCUCUCUCUCUCUCUCUCUCUCUCUCUCUCUCUCUCUCUCUCACACACACACACACACACACACACUUUCACUGAGUGCUUAAGGAAACCAUGCCCAUGUGAGCAAGAGUAAAGGAACAACACUUUUUGUUCUGUGCUGGCACUACAAAGGAGGGGAAAACUAUUGUUUGUGUCAGUCCAAAAACAAUCUCCAGUGAGUGCUUUGGAGAAUUAAACAGAAGCAGCAUCCAGUGAUGGCAAACAGGAUCCAUCCCUCAGGCUCAUGAAAUGUGGCAGUGACAUGUGAAACAAAGCAAUAUGCAAAUUCUUGGCCAGAAGAUAGAAGACGUCUUCAUUGCAUCUCAGCUGAUUUGAUGGAGAAUUGGAUUAUUUUGUAGGGGAGAAGAUGUCUUCAUAUGAGCAUGAAGUUUCCAGAUGGAGUCUGAUACAUGGCCAAGGAAUAGAGGAGCUCUUGGAGCCUGUGGUCUCUCCACGUGAUGCCAGCAGGUUUAUAGCAGAGAAACCACUUGGUGGCAUAGACCAGUUUUUGCACAUUCCUGGAAAAGCAGACUCGGCAUACAGUUCUUUUUCAGGGGGCUCCAAUCUUCCAGAAUAUCCGGCCCCAUUAGGCUACACGGAAGAUGACCCUCUGCCUCCAGACCAGUCACCCUACAUGGACUCAGGAUAUGUCAGAGGUAUUUAUAACCCCAGUGCAAUGAAUGCUGAGCUAAGACAAAUGUAUGAAAACAAGACAACAGGAAAGAGCAGCCACUACAAGUUGGAGAGGACUGGUCACACCCAAAUAUAUGGAAGCACACCUGUCCAUGGGAUGCCAUACCAGACACAGUCACCACUGGCUAGGUUUGCAUCUCCUCUUCCUCCCCCACCAUCCCCACCAGUUCGAGUGGACAGCUAUAAAGGCAAUAGAAAUGUGGAUCAACCUUUUACAAUUUGUUUUGACCUGAGUGGACAAGCAGAAGGGUAUGUCCAGAAUCCCAGCAAAGGUUCCCCAUUUGAUACCCCAGCAGACUAUUACAAUGAUUAUUGGCUCUCUGGCCAUGAAACUGAAAGUGUAAUCACAGGAAAGGGCAAUAACUGGUAUCCUACUCACCCAUAUGUCACAAAGAAAAACAACACUCCCAUUUUCACCAAACCUGCUGCAAUGUUGGAAGAAAAAAUAAGACCUAAUUCUUCUGAGAAGAUUUUGUGGACUCAAAAUACAAUCCAUGCUUAUAAAAUUCCCGAGGUGAUGAACUCUGAGUCCUUUCCUUCGUUGCAAGCCAGCCACAAUGCUGUUAAUGAUACACAAGAGAACAAACAGUAUUUUUAUUCCUACAGUGUACACAAACCACCUUUCACAGAAGCAGAUUUGCCAGGCUCCCUGGCUGGAUCCAGAAAACCAGAGGGAGAGCUCGACGACUUUCUUCACCCUUCCGGAGUUGAGGAUCAUUCAGGUUUGGAACAGACAUAUAAAUGCAGUUCAAGCUUAAAUUACAUUGCCGAAUCUCUUCCUAAUGAGGCUGCUCUAAGGAUUAUUAAGAACUACGAUGAAAAGGAAUGUUCCUUCAGUUCUGAUGAAGAAAACAGCAGAAAUGUUUGGCAUCCACUUCUAAAACAACAAACGAGAAUGGAGAGAGUGCCUUCUCAUGGUCUGAAUUUCAUGGAAGCUUGUCGUAGUGAAACUUAUGAGACCACCAACACCGUAUCUUGUUACAAGCAGGAUGCAGAGGGCAGUGAAACCCAGCUAUUCAGUGGACUUAGAAAAGCAAAAGAAAAUGAUAAUAAUAGCAGCCCUGACCUCCUUAUGAACUCAAGACAAGGAGAAACAUUGGACCCUGUUCAUUUUCCAAACCAACAUUUGUUAGAGAAAUCUGAAAGUCAAUCCCAGCCCACCUCUGCCAGUAUAAAGAUAAACAGAAAGACAACUCCUCUGCUUUACUACCUCUCUGGUGGAAAAAAUUCUAACUUUAUGACUCACAAGCCUCAUAAAGCUCUGGAACAAGAAGACUUCUCUAAAAAAUCUCCAAGGAGCAAUUGCCCAGUGUCAGCAGCACCAGCAGAAAUACCAAAGGACAAUAACACCUGUAUGGAUGAUACUACCAGCGCGAAUGGAAGAUUAACUGUGGGGAGCCCUGCAUUGUCAGUGGAUGAUGCAUUCAAGAACGACUAUAGGGAAAAACUUAAAAUUGCUCAAAGCAAAGUCCUGAGAGAAACUUCUUUCAAGAGAAAAGAUUUGCAAAUGAGCUUGCCUAUCCGGUUGAAGCCAAGACCCACUUCAAGACCAUCCAUUCAUCACCUCAGGUCCUCAUCGUUAUCUACUACCAAUGAGGAUUCUAAACCAAUUCCUCCCCUUAAACCACUAGAAAACCUUAGAAGAGAGGAUGAAUCGAAAAGGCCACAAACCACUCGAAUUGGGGGAAGAAAAAGGGCCACUGUAGAACAAAAGAAGAUCUCCUAUUCUGAACCUGAGAAGCUAAACCAGUUGGAAGAUCAGAGAGAUCAAAGUGCAUCAUGGAAAAAGAAAAAUGCAAGGUCCCGGUCAGAUGAGAUAAGUGAACAGGACACCAGGUUCGUGAGAAGUAAAGCCCUGGAAAGUCAAGGAAGGGCUCUUUCUAAGGCAGAAUUGAAACAAAUACAACACAAUGCACUUCUUGAGUACAUGGAGCGGAAGACUGGGCAGCGUCCUACCACUACUCACCACAGCACACAACAGAAGCCGCUUUUGCGACAGAGGGCUUCAGAUUCAAAGAGUAAUUUGGAAGAUAGACCUUCCAAUUCUGGUACCAGCAGAAAGUUAUCAAAUACAGAUGGCUUCCAUCAACAUCCUACUCCAGAGCAAAUCCUGGAGCCACUCUGUUUUUCCUCUGCUAUUACACCUGCCAGUUCUCUAGGCCCUGAAAUGGCAAAUUUGAAAGCAUGGCACUCUGGAGUUGGAGGGAGCCAUGCCAGCGACUGUGCCUUGGAAAAAACGCUUCUUCACUCCAGUUCUUCUGUCUCCAGCAAAGGGACUUCAAAAUCCACUUCUCCAGUGCAGGAUUUGUAUACAGCGAUAGAUUCUACAACUAGCCCAUUAUUAUCAACUCAGGACCAUGGAUAUUAUCCAGCACACCCCAGUCCCCUGUUGAAGGAGACCUUGGAUGUUGACCAACAUGAUAUAUUGGAGACUGCAAAGCAAGGAAGUCAUGUUGCGGGAAGAAGAGGAAAGUCUAUGGAAGAAACUGAAAGUCCCGAAAGGGUCAGACUUCCUCCAUUGAGCCGAAGUACUGACCAACUUCAAUGCCUGAAGGGCUGGCAUGUUUCCUCUGGGAUGGAGGCUCACCAGAGUAACCAGGGAGCCAACCGUCAAAAUAUUCUGCAGAAUUGUGAGUCUGCACCAAGAUGUCUGCCCAGACAAUCGUCUACUGAAGAUACUACGUCUCGGAAAGAAAUAAAGGCAGAUUUUUGUGCACUUGAAGCACCUCACAGCACAAAUAAUAGAAUGUAUAUAAGUCUAGGGCAUCUACCCAUAGGCCACAAACCCCUGCUUUCUAUGGGCAGCAGGUUCCCAUUCUCAAGCAUACCUGUGGAGCAAGUCUGUCCUUCACCCGUCUCUUCUCCAGGUGACACGGACAAUGACGUUUUUAAGAAUCCUUUUGCCAGUGGCUCAGAAACAGCCUCAGACAUUCCCUCCUUCCAUGGACAAAGCCAGCAUUCCACAGGAAGUAGGAAGGAACCAGAACCCGUCUCUACAGAUUUAGCUCUGCAAAGCUCCUCAGAAGGAAAUCAAAGCAAGGAAGAACAAAAUGUCAGCUUCUCUCUCUCUGAAAAAGAAGAAUCUAAUUAUGGAGAAAGUGGAGAUGAUGAGAAUUCAGCAAGGAAUUCACAUUGUUCAGAAAUGGCUCCUGAAUCCUCGGCUUUCUUCCUUAAAGAAAAGAGCAACACAAAUUCUCAGUUGGAGAAAGACACCAGUGAAAAAUCCCAUGUGACUGAUGCACCUCAGUGGCAGAACUUAGAGGCCAAUGACACAACAGAUCCCUCAGAGAACAGGACAUACUAUUGUACAGCUCCGUUAGACAGCCAAGGACAUGAAAAUACUAGGAGUGCACUAACAAAUUCAAAAGCCCUGCAAAAUGUAUGUGAAAGCAGCAUUCCAGUACAAAAAACAGGUUCAUUUAUGGCCGAGACAAAAACUCCAGAGGACCAGAGGUGUGACGAUCUUGCUAUUGAGAUUAUUGCCAAAGACAAGACGCUGGUUGAUAUCCUCAUGCCCUACCCCAAUAGGAAAACUGUAUUAGAUCUCAUGGAAGGCCUUUUCCCAGUGAACAUUUCAGUGCCAGACAGAUCCUGCAGAUGGAAAGUGGGAAUUCAGAUUGUCCAAGAAAACAUCCAAAGAAAUUGUGAUUGUGCAACAGAUCCAUUUCAUGGAAGUGAAAACAGAAAGAGCCUUGAUGACCCAGAGGACAUCACACCCAAGAAAAGAGAACUUAUUUCUAAUAUCCAGCUGAAACUGCAGGCUCUGUGUGAUAAGAGAGAGCUCCUCCAAAAUCAAGUUAAAGAGCAUGCUGCAUGUGGCAAAGAGCUGGAGGCGGUGGUCCGAGGCCUCUGUAAGCCCAAUGAGUAUGAGCGCUAUCUGAUGUUCAUUGGUGACCUGGAGAAGGUGGUGAGCCUGCUGCUGUGUCUCUCCAGCCGCCUGGCUCGGGUCCAGAAUGCUAUGAGGAAAAUGGAUGAAAACACUGAUGCUGAGGAGAAGCAUUCCCUCAACGAGCGGCACAGACUCCUGUCGAGGCAGCGAGAGGAUGCUAAGGACCUGAAGGAGAACUUGGAUCGCCGAGAAAGGGUGGUGUCAGGUAUCCUUUCCAAGUACAUGCCAGAGGGCCAGAUUCAAGACUAUAGGCACUUUGUACAAGAAAAGACAUCUUUGUUAAUUGAACAAAAGGACCUUGAGGAGCAGAUUACGUUUCUAGAAGAGCAGCUGGAGAGACUGGAGAAGAGCAUCCUUCCGUAAACCUUCAUUUGUAGGUUGCUUGCUUUCCUACCUGAAGCAUCUCUGCUAGAAAUCUGCCUUCACAGACUCGGAAAUGAGCAAGGAAGCAUAUCAUGACUUCCCAGGGGCAACACUUUUUCCACGGCUGACAGGGGCUUACUUGGCCUAGGCACACCACCUUAGGAGAAGAAAAAUGACAAAACCUUCCCUGUAGGUAGCUAGUUUUAUCUUGAGAUGCCUGUGCAAUGAGUGAUGUCUUUUGAUAAUGAGUGGAUGUUUUGUUUCUCUUCCCUGCUGACUGCCAGUCUGUUCAGUUUUCAAUCCCAAUAAAAAUGACAGGAACAACAACAUAAAA